AUGGGCCUCUGGCGGCUUCGGCUCCAUCGGCCUCCGCCGCUUCGCCGGUUGCGCGUGCUGAAGCGGAAGCGCCACCGGACCACGAAGGUUCCUGCCCAAGCCCCUCCUCGUGCACCGGGUCUUGAUCUUGAUCUGCCUGAGACAGCGCUGCGAAAUAUUGCGUUGGAGGCAGUUCGUGUCGGAAACUUCUAUGCUGAAGAUCAGCAAGAAGUGCUCCGUUAUAUAGCGGAGGUGCAUGCUGAACUACUGGCAGACGCUCAGUGGCUUCGGAAGAACCGCGGCAAGCUGAGAAUUGAGAACGGUCUGACAAGGCGAUACUCGGUUCCCGAAAUCUUGUGCAAGAAGCAUGAGGCUGACGGCUUCGACAUCUUCACAGACCCUGAUGAGGCUGUUCUCCUGGCAGAACGAGCUGCAAAGGACAGCGAGAAGACUUCCCGGCCCCAGCUGCCGCCUGAGGAGGCGCAGCAGAUUCAAGAGGGUCUGGAGGAGGUGGUCGCCUCGGAAGCAGGAACUGGGGGGCCUGUGGGCUGCGACGAGGUGCUGGAACUACUGGAGCGUUCUGUGGCUGGUGGAGAGGUUGCUGCUGCAGUGUACUUGAGUGAGCGCGUUGAGGCGAGAGAAGCUGAGUGGGUAGUGCCUGGACCAUGCGAGCUCAGUGACGAUGGUGUCACCAGCAAUCGCUGCGCCGGAGGCCACAGUGGCACCAGGGGCAAUCCAGCAGAGCGAGGGAUCCACCCAGAAGCUGGUGAAGCCAAGCUCAGAGGUCUGCUGUGCCUCAAAACGGAAGAGGGCAAGUGCUACUUUCAUGCCAGAAGCGAGCAGACUUGGUGGAACGACGAGGACGACGACAAACCCUGCGAUGAGUGCUCCUUGUGCCAACAAGAAAGCUAUGGAGGGUGGAGGCUGAUCGACGACCACGACUGGGUGUUUGCAGUGCAGGGUAAAGGCUGCACCACCAAGAUCUUUGGGCAGCACACCCGCAACUGUUUGGAGGCCACAGUGUCUCCGAAAACAGGGCUGUAUGAAUCAGGCUCUCAAUGUGUUGUUGCCAUCAAGAAGCAGAAAUACCUCAACUUCGAUGCUUUCGAGACGGAGCUCUCCUGGGACUACCUCAAGGUCUACGAUAUGAAUUUCACACAUCCUUCCCUUCUUCACAGCUGGAGCGGGGAGGUGAAGCCGCCUGCCAAGAUGUUUCAGAAUUCUUGGUCGAUUGCAUGGCGCGCGGACUUCACCAAUCAAAAGAAAGGCUGGAAGCUGUGCAGUGGCUGCCCUGCCGGCAGUGAGGAUUCGGCAGAUGGGAAAUGCAAAUGUUCACCAGGCUUCGUCUGCAAGGAUCGUAGUCAGCUUCAGUUGCCCCUUCCUGGCUGGGACAUUAGCUGGAUCAAAAACUGCACUGCCAACAACUCAAAUGCGACGUUCGCACCCAGCAUGGCACAAUAUGAUUGCAUCCCGGAGAGAAGCGAGUUCACCGUCUACGUUGCUGUCUUGCUGUCAGGGGGCUUUGAAAUCUCGGCAAUGCUUGUGUUGUCGAUGGCUGCCUACUUCUUGCCUUUGCUCCUUGGCCUUUAUCUCCUUGCGAUGGUGGCCGCCACUGUGUCAGCAAGCUGCAACGACCUCGACACGAAAGAGUUGGAAGCAAAACUGCGCCACUGCUUCACAACGCUUUUUGUGGUGUCAAAUGCUUGGUGGUUCCGCCGUCGUGGUGCAAUUGCCUACACCGUUGCGGUGUUCGUGCUGACGGUUGUGUGGGUCUACAGAAAUGGCCCACUUUCCCUGUGGCCAGCAGGCAUUUUCUGCUUGAGCUCCCUAGUCAUCUACUUGUGGCACAGGCGUGUCGCCGCGGCAGCUGAGGAGGCCCAGCAGAUGCUCUCGUGCUGGAGCUGGGGAUGCUGCCUUUGCUGGGUCUGCUGCUGGAACCCCUUGGGCUCCUGCCUGCCUCUGACCACCUCAGAGACCUUGGAAAAGGCGCGGAGUGCCGAUCCCGAGCCGCAGCAGGAGAUGAAGGAGAUGAAGGAGCCCUUGAUCGUUGAAGAGACAUAUCUGUCAAGAGAGCUGGCGCAAACAGAGGCGGAUCCUCCUUCUCCUCUGCACGGGCUGCUCGAAAAAUCCAAGAAUGAUGUCGUCAAUCGAGAGCGCGAGCAGAUGCAUCUGUUCAAGCUCAUGAUUGACAAGUAUGCCUCGAAGUCCGAAGACAGGUCCGACCGGCCUGGCACGACAAUGCUCUGGUUGGCGAAGUGGACGGUGCAGCAGCCCGGAGCAAAGAGCGGCUGGGGAAAGAAGUUUCACACGGCCAUGGCAGAGCUGCUCCCGAUUCUCUAUGCCUUCCUGUGGUCGCUUGUGGUGGCCAGGAUCUGCCUCGAGCACCAGGACGGCUUCAUCCAAAUGCCCAUCUCAAAUUCCUUUGGCGAUUUCGCCCCUAUCCUGGAAGACUACGAGUUUGACCUUGGCAUCUUGCCCACUUGCCUGGCCGUUCACUUUGCCUGCAUCGCUCUCAGCGGCCUUAUUGAAAGCCGGGAGGCAGCACAGCGCCUGCGCGAGUGGCUCUACACCUACGGACCCCUCGAGCAGUGGAAGGAGAUGUACCCGAACGUCAGCGAGCUUGCCGAUGCCACGUACGCCCGCCAGGAACAGGAGGAGGCUCCCAGGGCGCAAGAGACGGAUUCGGCCAACAUUUGCGGCUUCACGGUGCUCCGACCCAACCAGGCAGCCCUCCCCAGCAAGCGGCAGGUGGUUCUGAAGGUGGCCGGUGCGGCCCUCACGCUACUUAGCAUGGGUGGAACUUUGUUUUACCUUCGGUACAUCCGCUAUGGUUUCCAUUUGGCCAGUGGGGAUUGGCAGAUGAAGAGCACCUUUGCAGUGACGAAGCCAGUGCUCUUCUACUUGAUCCUCUGGCUUCCCUUAGUCUGGCAUCGGAUUUUGAAUGGACUCCUUUUUGCAGCCGAGUGUUCUCUCCUGACACGCACCGCGGGGGCCUUUUUCGAAGAUAUCUCUGCUGGAAAGGAGUCGAGGGGUGUUGUAAAGUCACUGCUCGAAACCUUGGGCUGGAAGGUUCAGGACAUCCUCUCGGACUGGACAUUGCUGAUCAAGGUGGGCUUUGUCUUGGAUGCCUUUGCUCUGAUGACUGGGGCCAUGGCCAGCUAUCGCCUUCUCGUUCACUAUGAGGUCAACGAGUUCGUCCCCGUACUUGUGUGCAACUGCCUGACACUCCUGGCAUUGGUCUGCCUCCAAGUACUGCCCCUGAUCAUGUGGAACGCCUUCGUUGAGAAGUGUGCAAGUGACGAGUCCAACACCGACCCGGUGCUCUUCAUGUGGCUGUCGCAAGGAUUCUUGAAGAUGAAGGUCUUUGGCCUCACCCUCAGCCCGGCUUAUUUGCUUGGCCUUGCCGUGUCGCUCGCAGCCCUAGCCGAGCCCACCAUUUCAGAGAUUGUCGCUCCGCCGCUAACAGAGAUGCUGACAAAGUGA